GUACCGCCUCUUGCCCGUCUCGGUCGCGACCUUCCUCUACACGGCGAUACCCGCGAUCGCCUUGAGCAUCAACGGGUCGUGGCAGAUUCUCUCUAACCUCUUUUACGCGGGCGCACCGACGAUCGUCAUGCAUUUGAACGGGACGGCGUACCCGUGCGCGGCGUACGAGACGACGGGUGUCGAGCCCGCGGCCAGCUACUUGCUGCCGUGGAUUGUCCCCGCGUUGGUCAGUUGUCUUGGACUCGGCGUUGGCGUGGCAGGUGGCAAGCUCUACAUCUUUCAGCAUCGCUGGCUCGUGGAUGCGCAGUGGGCGACAGGCAGCACGUUCCUCCAUUCCUGCGGCCUCCCCCGCUGGUUUACAAGCUUACCGCUCGGCCGCCACGAGGCCAUUCGCAUCGGCAAUCGUCUCUUUUGCAAGCCCAGCAUGCAAGCCCUCCUUGGAUUUGCAAGCGUCACGCCACAGCAGACGGCAACUGCAAAGCCCAAGGCCGACGAAAGAACCCUGCAUCUCAUAAGUAUCUACGACCUGCUUCUCGCAACGGCGCCAGCCUGCGUCUUUACGCCCAAGAUAUACGGCGACGUGGUCAAGAACGAGCUCAAGCCACCCUCCAAGAAGCGCUUGGAUCGAUGCACCUCGUAUGAGCACUCGCGCGGUUCAUGCGUAUGCUGAGCUCGGCGCAUUGCCACGUCAUCGUCAAGAAACGGUAUAUUUUGUGCUAUUUCCGUAUUUUUCAUCAUCUUCCCGUAUUGGGCUCAAUAUACCCUUUUAUUUCCGUCAUUUGCG